AUGCUGCGUGCGUGCGUGCGUUUGCGCGACCAAAAAAAGAAAAAAAAAACAGAGGCGGUGUCGUCAGGUCAAAGAGCAGUUCAGUGUAGUAUUCAGGAGGUUGGUCGGGUAGGGGAAGAAGGGUGCUGGGUCCACGUUGUAUGUGUUGUUUUGUUUGAAACGUGGAUGUGGGUAUUUGAGAUUCAUGCCCUCUCCCUCUCUCCCUCUCUCUCUCUCUCUCUCUCUAUUUCUUUCUCCAAAUCCCAUCAGAUUAGAUCGGUGUUCCGGAUGGUGGUAGCAGCGAUGGGGCCAGAGAUCGACAACCCUGAAAAAUCAUCUUCAAGUAAGGUAUCAAAAGACGUUAUACAUGGUAUAUCCCAUAAUCCUUCCACAUAUUCCCUGUUGCAGCCAAAAUUAAACAAAGAAAAAACAAAAAAGGAUGUUGUCACAUUUUCCUCCCUCCUUCAGUUACGGUGUCAUGAUAACGAUGCGGUAUAA